AUGGACAACAACAACAACCUUUCACCAUCCAUGAUGAUGAAUAACAACAACAAUGGAAUGAGACUCAUGAACAACAAUAAUCAAAUCUAUAAUAACAAUAACGGUCUAGUCCUCUCCCCAGAACAACUUGUCCAAUACCAACAAGCUCUCCAAAAGCAAUACUUGCUGGCAAACAAUACGAAUCAGCAUAAUUCACCUAUGGGAGGAGUUGUGUAUCAUUCUCCUACAAACAAUUCUACUCAACAACAACAAACUAACAGCAACAAUACGUCUAAUAUGGGCAUGUCUAGAGUGAUGCCCAUUAAUACUGCCCAAUUGAAUCAAAGAAACUAUGGACAACAAACCAGCUUGUCCUUUUCACCUAGAUUUGCUUCCAUGUUAUCAGAAACCAAGAAUACCAUGUAUUUGAGUGAUAAUGACUUUUAUCCUAUUGCCAAUAUAUUCGCUCAGAAUUACAUCAAAUCCAGUAAUGUUCUUGCUCAACUAUCAGAGGAAGAACUUAUUCAGUAUGGUAUUCCUACAACAUUUGCAAGAUUUUUGUGGAAGAGAUUCAUGUUAGAGAAGAAUAAUACUGUGAACAAACAACAGCAACAACCACAAUCAACACCUUCACCACAACAAUCUCCAAACAUGAAUUGUGAUCAGGGAAGUAAUGGUUCACAGAGUGAUGCCGAUCAACAGGAAAAACUCAGCCAACUUAUAAUGUUGACAAAUGUUCUGGGUGCCCAAAAUGUUGGUAACAUUUUGAUGCAACAUCCACAUUUAAUAUCUACUGCCUCUACCUCUCCUUCACAACAUUCCAAUUCUACCACUUCUCCUAUUCAACAACAACAAGUAGUAACUCCUGUCAGUCAAAACAGUUCAAAUAGUACAAACAAUCAAAUGAAUGGUUUGAAUUCUCCAAAUAUGAAUUCAAAACAACUUAAUUCUCAACAGCAACAACAAAAUAAUAUUGUCAAUAACCUUUUUGCUCAAAUUCAACAACAACAACAACUAAAUCAACCAAAUUAUGUAAUGACCAAUAAUGCUAACAAUAUUAACAAUGUGAAUGGAGUUAUGAACAUGCCACAACUUGCUUACUCUUCAUCAUUUAACAAUAACUUGUUUGAUUCAGUCAACCAUACUGACAUGUUUACAACUGAGCCAAACUCUUAUUCUCAUGAGAAUGAAUUUAUAGCAGGUACCAGCCUUAAUUCUGCUGUUAACAGCAACAGUUUGGGUAGUGGCUUUUUAUCGUCUAGCACAAACUCUUUCCAAGAUAUAUUCGGAUCGACUGGUAGUGUAAUGGAUGUUGUUAUGGAUCACUCAGGUAAUAGAAUGGGAACAUCUUCUAGCUCUAUUGGUAGCUUGUUGAGAAACCAAGAUGGUAGCCUUCCAACGAGUGUAUCGAGUGGAAAAAGUCUUUUUGCUGGCAGUAUGGGCAGUACUCAAAGUAGCUUACAUGAUGAUUCGAUGGGUCAUUACAUUGUGCAACCUAAUGUAAAUGGUUUAGGAUUUGUCAGACAAAUGCCAACCACUUCACAAACCAGUUAUGAACAUUCAUCCUCAUCUUCAAGUAGCACUUCCCCUCCUGGUAAUUCUGCCGAUCACAACAUGCAACACUAUGCAACUACAAGCAAUAAUUUGGGUGGACUCUCACCUGAAAUGGACAUGAUGGAAGCAUCAAUGAUUGGUGGAACUGUAAGCUAUCCAUGUAGAGUCAAGACUGAAGGUCAAGUUUACUGGCCAAAGGUUGUAUCAUGGUACAAACGUGAGGGAGAUUCUGAGAAGGAACUCUUUACUGUUAUUAUUGCCAAUGAUAGCUCUUCAGGUAAGGCUGGAGCAGACAAGAAGAAAUCCAAGAGUGGUAAGCCUGCAACAAUCACAACCUCUCCUCCAAAUACUGAAUCUCAAGACUUGCUCUUGGACUUUAGAAAUAAGUAUAUUAGAAUUUCUCUCACAGAGGGUGGAAAGGACAAUUUGAUUAAGGUAGAGAGAGUUGGAUCCCAACCACAAGAUGAUGUAUGGGGAUUUUUAAUUACAGACACCUCGAAGGGUAUUGAUUUUAUUGAUGAAUUGAAAAAUUUAGGAUUCCCAGAAGAUUCCUACACUCUCAGUACUGUUGGAACCUUCCCUCCUCAAAAGCAAAUCAUGGGCUUUGAACGUCUUUCAACUGAACAAGGUGGUACAGUUCAAGCUAAGCAGGAUGAUCAAAUUUUAUUGAUGAGAUUCCCAAGAUAUGCUGAGCCAGUCAAGGGUAUUAGAAAGAAGAAACUCUUACUUAUCAAGUAUAGAUUUGUUCACAAUGAAUGUGCCUACUCAUUCUAUUCAUUGUUCAACUUGAGAAAGGAAAAUCACAAUGCUGCCAUGUCAACUGAUGAUAUUUGGAUUAGUAGCUUGUUCAUUGAGAAGGAUAUUAAUAAUAUGAGCCCAAUGAGACCACUCCAAAGAUCUCCAGUCAACCCAGAACCUGUUCCUGAAGUAACAAGAGGUAGCGCUAAACAAAAGCGUACAUGUGAUUGGGAAACUGCUGAUGCCAAUCAACUUCAAUUCAUUGCUAACAAUCCUACUGUUGGUAAGGGUGGAGUUGAUGUGGUUUGCAAGUUAGAUCUCUCAUUCGAAGGAAACAGCAUGAAACGCAAGUUUGUAGCUGAUCCUUCCAUUGAGUCAGAAAUGUUCCUUGUUGAAGCUGAAAUGUCUUAUGAUUUUAUUGAAAGAGGAUUCUUCAAAAUUGUUCGUGUCGUUCAACAGGUUGAUCAUGUUGAUCUUGUUGUUAGAAUGCCAAGACCAACUAGGGAAACAACAACACCACAGACUAUUUUCUUCAGAAUUCUUUACAAUAUGAAAGCUAUUUUGGUUAACCCACAAACCAAACAGCAAGGAAAAUUCACCUAUGAACCAAUCGAUAAGGAAGAACUUUCCAAUCAAGCAACCUCCAAGUUACUCGAAUUUUAUCAAUCUUAUGGUUCACAAUUCAAUGAUGAGGUGAGAAGGUUAAUUGCUGACAAGAUUUCCAACCAAAUUCAUAAUGUUACUUUUGAUGAUAUGGAAGGAAUUCAUCCAAAGCAAUACGCCAAUCUUUAUGUACAAUUCACAGAACUCCACUACAGAGUGGUUACUGAUGAAUCCGAAAUGGACGAAGAAGAAUUUAUUAAUGCUGUCAACUCACUGGGACAUGAAAGUAGAGAUAUUUAUGGUUUUACUCUCCUGACUCACUAUGCUUUCAGAGGAAUGAAGAAACACUGCAGAAUUCUCAUGAAUAGAUUUGGUAUGUCCUUUGAAAACAAGGAUAACUUGGGUGUCUCGGUUCUUGAAUGGUGUAGAUUGGCUCACAAUCCAAACAAUAUUUUAGAAUUGAGCUAUCUUGAAAAGUCAAAGACUAUUCCAAGACAUGGUAUCUAUACUACAAGUAGUCCAAGUAUUCCUAUCAAACAAACAAAGAAGGAUUCUACAGGUUCUUCUCCACCAAAUUCUACAGGAACUUCUCCAGUUAGAAAGUCAAGCUGGUUCUCUGGUAUAUUUAGAAAUAUUUUCACUUCUCCAUCUCAAAACCAAAUUUACUUUGAUGAAGACUUGACUGAAGAGAAGGAAUCUGCUCAACCACUCGACAUGAAUGUCACUUCCUAUGAUGAAAGAUUGCUUUCCCUAGAAGAAAGACAAGGUAUGAAAUUGUACUUGGAUAAGUUGAAGAAGUUAGACGAAAAGAUUUCCAGCAAGCAUGGUCAAGGAAAAUCACAAGAAAAGUCUCAAGCAUGGAAGGAUUUAUAUUUGGAUGAGAAUAAGACCAUUGAAGCUCAAAAUGCCAUUUGUAAAGAUAGAUUCGUUGCCAAACACUAUGGCAAGACAAUGGAACAUCUCUCCAAGAAGCACAAAGAUGAAAGAAAGCCACCACUCAUGACUGUCAAGAUUAUUGUUUCAGAUUGCACCAAUGAUUUCAGAAAUUCAUUAUUCGAUCUCUUCCGUCCAACAUAUAAGGACAAUUUGUUUGGAGCAUUCCAUACUGGUUUAUUGAUUGGACCUUGGAGAUUUGAUUUCUACGAUCACUCCAUUGUGAGAGUGAGAGGAGACUACAGAGUUUAUAGAAAUGAAUAUGCUUUGGCUGUAAUUGAUGUUGGAAGCUUUAGCAAGGUUGAUAAUAUUAAGAAUGCUCUCGAUACCGUUGCUAGUGCUUGUGUUGAAUGGAAUGCCACCAAGACCUACGAUCCAUUCAAGUGCAACUGUCAACACUUUGUUACAGAUGUAUUGGGAAGAUUGAAUUUGUGGAGUGAUAAACCACAAACUUCUCCUCUUUCACCAUUUGAAAGAUAUCUCGAAGAUCUGAGAAAGGGAAGAAGUGAAAGAAAGUUCUACUUCUCUGAUGCUAUCAAGUCACUCAAGGAACAAUAUCCUGAAAGCUCCUAUUGGGAAAAUGAUUAUAUUACUUUUAACUCAAGAAAAGAAUUGAAUGAUUUCUGUCACUGGUUAGAUGGUAUGAAGUACUUUGAAAAUGAAGAAUCAGUCAGUGACAUCAAGUUACUCAAGUCAUUCGAUAGAUCUUUCUGUAUGCAAUCCAUGAAUCCAGAACAAGAAGUAUCAGAAAGCGACACUUCCACAGUGUGGUUCUUCUCUGAGGAUGGUACAGAAUUUGCCAACUCUCUCAACAAGUUGGUAUUCAACUUGCCAGGUGUUACCUUCCCACAAGCUCUGAGAGUUUAAAAAUACUGUAAAUAAAAAUAACACAAUUUUGU